UGAAUUAUUUAAAUACUUGGAUUGGAUUCGGAUGAUCACAUCACAUCACAUCACCACCCACAUUUCAACCAAUAUGUGCAGCAAUACUGGCAGCAGCAGUGCCUGUGGUUGUGGUGGUGGUAAUGGUGGUGUAGGAAAUAGUGGUGGUGCUACCAUGUGGAGUUCUAGCUUGAAGAAGCAGCAGCAGCAACAACAAAAAAGGCCAAGAGUCCCUAAAAGAGGGCCUGGAGUGGCUGAACUUGAGAAGAUCUUGAGAGAGCAAGAAGUCACCACCAUAGACAGCAUCAAAGACAAGCCAAAUGGAAAUGGUGAAGGGUUUCCAUCAUCAUGUUUCAUCCCCCACCAUUCAACAACUCAUUUCUCUUCACCAUCUUUGAAAUCUCAUUCACUGCCACCACCACCAACUUCCCCUGGCCCUGCAUCUAGCAAUUUGCCACCACAUGUGCCAAGAUUUGAUCAUUUAGGCCAAAUUACACCACCAACCAUGACAUCUAUCUAUGGUAAUGGUGGAUCAUCAGGAAGAAAUGUUGGUGGAUCUGGCUUGGUUUCUUCAGAGCAGGAACUGUUUCCCAUGAAUCUGAGUUCAUGCAAGUCCAUGCCCAAUCUUAAUGAAGGAUUGGAUGGAAGCCAAUCAGAUUCUGGCAAUUCCCCAUCAAGGAAUGAACCAAAUCCUGUUUGGCCUUACUCUGCGAAGAGAAACAAUCACUAUCCACCUCCCGCGAUGAAUCAACUUCUACGGAAUGGUACUCGGUCUUCUUCGGGAUCACUGCCAAUUGGACUGAACAAUCAUGUAGAGCCCCCUUCAAACCAAAGUUCAUAUUACAACUACACAUCUAGGGCACAAGAGGAACAUAUGAUGGCUGGCUUGAAGAGGUCUCACUCUUCACCCUUGGAUAACUCUCUGCUUCCGCCAUCUAACUUUCAAGUUCUUCCAAGCUUCUCACACUGUAAUAAACCACACCAAUCAUCCACAAAUGGCAGUCAUGGUGCAGGUGGUUUCAAUUCCGCCGAGGGCUACAGUGAUAAGAAAUGGGGAAGCACUUUGGAGCUCAGCAAUAGAAGGUUCAAUUCUGAUAUUGUGAGGCCUGGUCAUGCAAACUUCCCACCAUUUUCUGCUCCUGAAGUUACUCCACCUCCUAUGCAUUUGUUUCAAGGUGUUCUUUCCAAAGGGAAUGUGCUCCCUUGCCAAGUUACUGAAGAUAAAAUAAUGGAGUACUCAUACCAACACCCAGAACCAGACCAUAAACCUUUCUAUGACUUCUUACAAGUGAAGGGCCCUGAGGAUGCGACAGAGACAACUCAUGGCCCAAAUCACGGAGGACGUGAAGCAGGAAGGGGUGGCAUUGAUCUCAACCUGAAGCUAUGAGUUUGGAUUUGCAUUUCUUAGAGACUGGACCUCAUAGUCACACACUACCUCAUGUGUAUCAACUUGUUUGUCACACCAAAGUCCAACAAUGUUAGCAAGUGAAGAAAAUGGAGCAUCUUCCUUGUGUUUCUUGAAGCAGAAGUAAACUGGGAUAGAGAAAUAAUUUGGGUUUGUUGGGUGGAAGAGCUUGCAUUUGCAACCUUUGGAUUCUGGAAAAUCAAGGAGAUGCUACUUUGUAUGUAAUUUUUGUUUAAGUCAAUCUUGAGUUCAAUGACUAAGGCUUUUAAUCUGGUUGAAAUGUAAUCCUAGUUGCUCUAUUUUUUAUGGAAGUUUGAUGUUAAUCUUCUUUUUGGUUAAGACUUGUAUUUGUUUGGUGUAAGCAAAUUUGAGAUACUUCUAAAGCAUGAAUUUGA